UCCAAUCAGCGAGCGGCCUGCUCCUGCUUUUGGGGUGACGUCAGCCCACCACUUCCUCCUUUUUCCCCGAGUCCUCCAUCAGUGAGGCGUCUCCCAGCUCCGUCGUGCAAGGAGAAUCCGGAGACAUCCGCCACCAUGGUGAACUUCACCGUAGACCAGAUCCGAGCGAUCAUGGACAAAAAGUCCAACAUCAGAAACAUGUCCGUGAUUGCUCACGUCGACCAUGGCAAAUCCACCUUGACGGAUUCCUUGGUAUGUAAAGCCGGGAUCAUUGCCUCCGCCAGAGCUGGUGAAACGCGCUUCACGGACACUCGUAAAGACGAACAAGAACGUUGCAUCACCAUCAAAUCCACGGCAAUUUCUUUGUUUUAUGAGCUCACGGAAAACGACUUGGCCUUCAUCAAACAGUGCAAAGAUGGCUCUGGUUUCCUUAUUAACCUGAUCGAUUCUCCAGGACACGUCGACUUCUCCUCUGAGGUCACUGCCGCCCUCCGUGUCACAGACGGUGCUCUUGUAGUAGUUGACUGUGUAUCAGGUGUGUGUGUACAGACAGAGACCGUCCUGCGACAGGCCAUUGCUGAGAGGAUCAAGCCAGUUCUCAUGAUGAAUAAAAUGGACCGAGCCCUGCUGGAACUUCAGCUGGUUCCCGAAGAAUUGUACCUGACCUUCCAGAGGAUAGUGGAAAACGUCAACGUUAUCAUCUCUACCUAUGGAGAGGGAGAAACUGGACCUAUGGGGAACAUCAUGAUUGACCCAGUUAUUGGCACAGUUGGCUUUGGUUCCGGUCUGCAUGGCUGGGCCUUCACCCUGAAACAGUUUGCUGAGAUGUAUGUUGCCAAAUUUGCUGCCAAAGGAGAGAAGGCGCAGCUUACACCAUUAGAGCGUGCAAAGAAAGUGGAAGACAUGAUGAAGAAACUUUGGGGCGACAAGUACUUUGAUCCAGCCUCUGGCAAAUUCAGCAAAACUGCAAACGCUCCUGAUGGAAAGAAGUUCCCCCGUACCUUCAGCCAGCUUAUUCUGGAUCCCAUCUUCAAGGUAUUUGAUGCCAUCAUGAACUUCAAGAAAGACGAAACUGCCAAACUGAUUGAGAAGUUGGAUAUCAAGCUGGACGUAGAGGACCGAGAAAAGGAAGGAAAGCAACUUCUGAAGGCUGUGAUGAGGCGCUGGUUGCCCGCUGGAGAUGCCUUGCUUCAGAUGAUCACAAUCCACCUGCCAUCACCCGUCACUGCGCAGAAGUACCGCUGUGACCUCCUGUAUGAGGGACCACCCGAUGAUGAAGCUGCCAUGGGUGUGAAAAGCUGCGAUCCUAAAGGCCCCCUGAUGAUGUAUAUAUCCAAGAUGGUGCCUACAACUGAUAAGGGACGUUUCUAUGCCUUUGGCCGUGUCUUCUCCGGGGUUGUAUCUACAGGACAGAAAGUGCGUAUUAUGGGUCCCAACUACACACCAGGCAAGAAGGAGGAUCUCUACCUGAAACCUAUUCAGAGGACCAUCCUCAUGAUGGGUCGUUAUGUUGAGCCCAUUGAGGAUGUCCCUUGCGGUAACAUCGUUGGUCUGGUCGGUGUUGACCAGUUCUUGAUUAAGACCGGAACCAUCAGCACCUUUGAACAUGCUCACAACAUGCGUGUCAUGAAGUUCAGUGUCAGCCCUGUCGUCCGUGUGGCUGUGGAGGCGAAAAACCCAGCUGACCUCCCAAAACUGGUUGAAGGUCUGAAACGUCUGGCCAAGUCCGAUCCUAUGGUGCAGUGUAUAAUUGAAGAGUCUGGAGAACACAUCAUUGCUGGAGCUGGUGAGCUUCAUCUGGAAAUCUGCCUUAAAGAUCUGGAAGAGGACCAUGCCUGUAUUCCCAUCAAGAAAUCUGACCCUGUUGUCUCAUACCGUGAGACUGUAAGCGAAGAGUCCUUCCAGCUCUGCCUUUCCAAGUCUCCCAACAAGCACAACCGUCUGUACAUGAGAGCCCGGCCGUUCCAAGAUGGUCUGUCUGAAGACAUUGACAAAGGAGACAUUGCUGCCCGACAGGACAUGAAGCUGCGUGCCCGUUACCUGGCAGAGAAGUAUGAAUGGGACGUGACAGAAGCCAGGAAGAUCUGGUGCUUCGGACCUGAUGGAACAGGACCCAACAUGCUGGUUGACGUCACCAAAGGUGUCCAGUACCUCAAUGAGAUCUCAUACAACGCCGCGGUCUGCUUUAGGUCUUGAUGUGUUCAUGUCUGUGUGCAGGGAGUCCUGUGUGAAGAGAACAUGCGAGGAGCCAGGUUUGACAUUCAUGACGUCACUCUGCAUGCUGAUGCCAUUCAUCGUGGAGGUGGACAGAUCAUCCCAACGGCAAGAAGAGUCCUCUAUGCUGCUGCCCUCACUGCCCAGCCCAGGCUGAUGGAGCCCAUCUACUUGGUGGAGAUCCAGUGUCCAGAGCAGGUUGUCGGUGGCAUCUAUGGUGUGCUGAACAGGAAGCGUGGACACGUCUUUGAGGAGUCCCAAGUGGCCGGAACCCCCAUGUUUGUUGUGAAAGCCUAUCUUCCCGUCAACGAAUCAUUCGGCUUCACUGCUGAUCUCAGGUCUAACACAGGCGGUCAGGCCUUCCCUCAGUGCGUGUUUGACCAUUGGCAGAUCCUUCCUGGAGAUCCCUUCGAGCCCAACACUCGCCCAUGCCAAGUGGUUGCUGAAACCCGAAAACGUAAAGGAUUGAAGGAGGGAGUCCCAGCCCUGGACAACUACUUAGAUAAAUUGUAACAACAGGGUUGCCAUUCUCAUCAAACCAAGCUCACUACACCGGCAGUGUUUGUCCCUGCUGAUCCAACACCACGCACAUGUUUGCCCAGGAAAACAAGAUGAAAAAAUUAAAAAUCAAUAAAAGAUGUAAA